GAGGCCGCCUGCGGCGGCGCAGACGUGAGUGUUAGCGGGUGUCCAGUCUAUGGAGUCAGUUGUUCCCCGCGGCGUUGCGGAGGCAGGAGGUGGUAUCCGAGUGGGGGCCUUUGCCCCGCCAGGAUGUUACCGGGCUUGGCCGCCGCCGCUGCGGCACACAGAUGUAGCUGGUCCUCCCUGUGCCGGCUCCGUCUGCGCUGCAGGGCGGCGGCCCACGGCUCCAGCGAGCGCCAGGAAUGGCAGAAUUUAGUGACAUUGGGAAGUUUUUCAGACACGGUUCGCUGUAGUCACCCAUAUAUUUAUACACUGAGUCAAGUGAAGUCAUACUCCACAAAUGUUCAAAAAGAAGGACAGGGAUCACAGACUCUCAGAGUGGAAAAAGUACCAUCAUUUGAUGAAACAGCAGAAAAUAUAGGCGCUGAACUGAAAGCUCCACUUAUUAAGCAAGACUCUCUCCAAGUAAGAGUCAAAGCAGUCCUUAAGAAGAGGGAAUAUGGACCAAAGUAUACUCAGAAUAAUUUCAUCACUGGAGUCAGAGCAAUAAAUGAGUUCUGCCUUAAAUCCAGUGAUCUAGAACAACUUCGGAAAAUCAGACGACGAAGUCCUCAUGAAGAUACCGAGUCCUUUACUGUAUACUUGAGAUCAGAUGUGGAGGCAAAAUCUUUGGAAGUUUGGGGAAGCCCUGAAGCUCUUGCCAGAGAGAAAAAACUGCGUAAGGAAGCAGAAAUAGAGUACAGAGAAAGGCUAUUUAGAAACCAAAAAAUAUUAAGAGAAUAUAGAGACUUCCUGGGAAACACCAAGCCACGGUCCAGAACGACAUCAGUUUUUUUUAAAGGGCCAGGAAAAGUGGUGAUGGUUGCCAUUUGCAUCAAUGGAUUAAACUGCUUCUUUAAAUUUCUUGCCUGGAUUUAUACGGGUUCAGCAAGUAUGUUCUCUGAAGCUAUACACUCUUUAUCUGAUACUUGUAAUCAGGGUUUACUAGCAGUGGGCAUCAGUAAGUCUGUUCAAACACCAGAUCCAACUCAUCCGUAUGGCUUUUCAAAUAUGCGCUAUAUUGCUUCACUAAUUAGUGGUGUUGGUAUUUUCAUGAUGGGUGCAGGAUUAUCUUGGUACCACGGAAUCAUGGGAUUGCUUAAUCCUCAACCAAUGGAAUCCCUGCUAUGGGCAUAUUGUAUUUUAGCGGGAUCAUUAGUAUCUGAAGGAGCAACACUUCUUGUUGCUGUAAAUGAACUUCGUAGGAGUGCUCGGGCCAAAGGAAUGUCAUUUUAUAAAUAUGUAAUGGAAAGUCGUGAUCCUAGUACAAAUGUUAUAUUACUGGAAGAUACUGCAGCAGUCUUGGGAGUGACAAUAGCAGCUACAUGUAUGGGCCUUACUUCUAUAACAGGUAAUCCACUGUAUGACAGCCUAGGUUCUUUGGGUGUGGGCACGUUAUUAGGCAUGGUCUCAGCAUUCCUCAUCUACACUAACACAGAAGCACUCUUAGGGCGAUCCAUCCAGCCAGAGCAAGUACAACGGCUUACUGAACUCCUGGAGAACGACCCAUCAGUAAGGGCAAUUCAUGAUGUUAAAGCCACAGAUCUGGGAUUAGGGAAAGUAAGAUUUAAGGCAGAAGUAGAUUUUGAUGGACGAGUUGUUACAAGAUCAUAUUUGGAAAAACAAGAUUUUGACCAAAUGCUACAGGAAAUUCAAGAAGUGAAAACUCCUGAAGAACUAGAGACCUUUAUGCUUAAACAUGGAGAAAAUAUUAUUGAUACUUUAGGAGCUGAAGUAGAUAGACUGGAGAAAGAACUGAAAAAACGAAAUCCUGAAGUUCGACAUGUAGAUUUGGAGAUAUUAUAGAUUUGAUGGGAUGAAUCACCUUGGAGGAAGCCUUGGAAACAAGUCUGGCGAGCCUGCCCUUCCACACCAAAGGAGUCCAUGCCACUCAGAAGCUGUUUGUUAAGAUGGAGGAAAUAUUCAGUGUGAAGGGCAAUUCAGCAGUCUAUAGACCUAAUACUACUUCGUACUUCUAAGAGACAUAUUACAAGUUGGAUCAAUUUGGAAAUCACGUCUUUAUGUUUCAGUAGGGAACAUUUUAGUUAUUUAAAUUGUUCAUAAGUUUUCAUGGUACCCUGUCAGGGUGUAUUGUACCUUGCAAUCAUGUUUCCUUUCUUUACAUCGGUAAAAAUAAGCAGCAUCCAUAGGACUAUGAUUUUUAAUUUUGUGACCACCGAAGAUUUCACUCCAUCAACACCUGCCAAUCUUGAACAUUCUGGCUAAAUCUUGGUUUUUGAACAGUCACUCUGUUUUUUUCCUUGUAGAAUGUGGAAACUAUUUCUACAGAAUUCUGCCCUGAGUACUAAGAGGAGCACUCUCCUAACCUAGUUAUCCAUAAAUGUUCAUUCCAGAAAUGGCUUAGUUACUGAAUUGAAGGGAGACAUGUCAGUCCACUCUGUUAGGUUAUAGUAGUUGCCAUUUUGUAAAAUUUCUGUCUCUUCCAUAGCCUUUUUUCUUUGUUUAGUUUAAUUUUUCCAGUGUAGGAAAUACAAAAUAACUCUAGAUGUUUCCAUAGGCCAGUUUGAUGGCUGGUUUUUUUGUUUUUGUUUAACUGGCUUCGGUGCCAUAAUGUGUAUUUACUAGGAGGUAAUGCAUUUAUAAGUGUUUUAACAUUCUGUAAAAUGGACUAGAAAUAUUUAUAAUUUUACAGACAGGACAGCAUUUUAUUUUUAAUUUAUUUAAAAAGGCACUACUCAUGUAAAUCUGAACUAUGGGGUAUUUCUUGCUUUAAAAGAGAAGUAAAUCUCUUCUUUAUGCGGAAACUUGUGGCCAUGAUUUUGUAUAAUAUCAUAGUCAAUAGUGUGUCUGUAACGUGAGUUUCUUGCGGUUAUAAAUGGGCAUUUAACAUAAUAUAUGGCUAAAACAUGAUGUAAGUAGCUUUCUAGUGAUCAUAAGGUAUCAUGGUGAAAAAACAUACAAUUCAAUAAUGGAAAAUUUAGUGCAAAACUACAGCUGUGUCUCCAUUCAUCAAAACAACUCACAUGCACUUUACAUUGUCCAGGCAGCAGUGAGCGUUGUCCAGGCAAGAGCGGUGGCUGGGUGAUUUCUUGGCUGGAUAAAUGAGUGUUUGACCUAAGGACCUAAUUAAUUGUAUGAGGUCGAUAUCUAAAACCUUACUUAGAUUGAAGUUUAUGAAUCACAGCAAAUUGUAAUGCUGGAAACAAGAAAUAAACAUUUGACUAAAAGGUUUGUAAUGGUAAUUUUUUGAUCUAGAAAUGUCAUUUAUUGGAAAAUUAUGAAAAUUUAUAUCAGUCUACAUUUUUUUACCAUUACAGAGCAUUUUGCAUGUUGUACAUUUUAAGUGAAAUAACAUUCCAGUUUUAUUUUUGAAGGUACAAAAUUGUUACGUACACACACAGAAUUUGUUUCUCUUCUUAUGGUUUCAAAUUCUUUACCCCUUCUCCCCCUUUUUUUAAACCUUUUUUGACCCAUUAUACUUCACUCUAUACUUCUAAUGUCUUCUUCCCUCCCCUUCCCUCUUCUCAUUUGUUAGUCCAUGUCACUGCCAUUUGGGGAAGGUACCAAAUUAUAUCCAAUUUCCUCCCAGUAAAAUUACUCUGAAAAAUUUCAUAUAGCUACAUGAGAGUAAUUAACUCAUUUAGAAAAAAACAUCAAAGUUGGUGUGUACAAGUUAUUCUAAAUGGUAGAUUUUUUAAGGACUCCCUAAAAGAAACCAAUUCCUGGUACUUCUUUGAGUUUUCUAAUCCGAUUUUGAUUGAGGUCAUACCUAUUCUUAAUAAUAGAAGGCUUAUGUUUCUGUCUUUUCUUUCCAUUUCUGUUCUGCACUGCUGUUGUAAAGUUUAACAAAAUUUGACAUAAAGAUGUACGGCAUUAUCUAAGAAUUUGAGUAUUUCUGUGGAAUCAGGAAAUGUAUGCUAUCACUGCUCUGUUUUUUUUCUCCUUUGAAGCUAGAGUCCAAUUUGAAUUUUUAAAACCAGAAAAUUUGGGCCUCUUUUUUUAAAAAUAAGAGAAUAUCUAGUUCAAGUUCUUGUUUUUGUGUUUUUCCAAAUUAAUCUACUUUAAGGCUUGACCUGAUGAUGCAUAGCAUUUGAACAUGUAAGCAUAUAAAUCUUAAUAUUUUCAAGGGAAAUAGCUUCUGUGAUAGAAUACUUGCAAAAGCAAUGUUGGACAGUGAAAAGAGCAGUCAAGGGCCCAUGACUCUGACUUGUACUAAGCUGACCUCAGGAACUCAAAGGUGAAAUAUGCUUGUUUCCGGCCCUGGCUGAGAAUGGACCUCCAAUCAGCUGUAAGUAGUAGGCCCCAGACUGUGUCAGGUGGCACAGUUUUCAGGCUGUGGCAGUUGGGAGGAUGAGGGAGACCUAUUUUUAAGCGGACCGUCUUGGUGGCCGGUAAUAUCCAGUGCCAAAGAGGGAGAUUCCUAAACAAGUACUGAGGAAACUGAGAUAGGAUUAGACUGGGAAGUUUUCAAAUUUUUUUCAAAAACAAAUUUAAUCUCUGCGUACAUCCUCCUACCCACACACCAAAUCACAAAUACCCAGAAUAACAAAAUGGCGGAAGACUGGAAUCGGGCAUAUGGUUUCAGUGGUACCUUAACUACCCCAUAAUUUGGAAAAUGCUUUUUGCUAAAAUUACACCAUCUAAAGGAAAUGACUUAAGUUUUAAAUCUGAUAACUUUUUGAGGUAGAAUGCUGGAAACUACAGAAAAUUGCACAGGCAUUUAGAAUGUAUACUCUCUUUCUUAGAUUGCAUUUGUCAAGCUUUGGCAUUUCUUUUAAAUGUGAUGACCCCCAAUUUGCCAAACUGUCAGAAGUCAGUGAAGCAAAGAAUUGAAGGUAAAAUGUUGAUUCAAAGAUUGUCUCCCCUAAAUCCCUCAUCCCUGUGUCUGAAAUGGAGAAUUGGAAGGCAUUUAUGUAGAAGAUUGGUCUGGCAGCCUUUAUGUUUGCAUUAAGUUGACUAGCAUCCCUAGCUUUGGCUUUAUGGAAAAGAAAAUUUUUGUGUCUAUUAUAUUGUAUUUCAUCUCUCUGAUUUUGCUGGCAGAUUAAGAUGGUCCUGGUCCCUCAGGAUGCUUUUUCCUUAAUAAAUAUCAUUGUAAAUAAGA